UUUGUGCUUUCUGAUUACGGUACUUGUUUCUUUUCACUUGGGCAAAUGCUUGCAUAUGUGGCCAGCACGCCGACAUCGGUUUGGAAGUUGAUAUUACGAUGACUGUAAAUGCAGCAUCUGUAUUAGCAGAACGAGAGCUAACCGUUAGCUCGUUUGCUUUUCGUUUUCUUGACAGCGCAGGAGAUAAAACCCUUACACCUGAAUCAUCUUACAGCCACUUACAUUGUUUUUAUUUAUUUAAAAUUAGUGUAUUGUGAAGGAUAAACAUUGUCAUUUGAAUGCAGUAAGAAGCGGUGUUCGUUUUGUAACACAAUGAUUUAUAACUGCCUUCUAGAGCUAAUUUUAGCAUGUUAGCUCCGCGGCUGUAGGGGUAAACAAGAGAUUAUUGCUGUAAGUGUGAUGAUUAGCCAACCAAAGAGUAAAAUUUAAAGACAUAAAACAGGUGUAUCAUUUUGAUGAUCAUUAUGAAUCCAAUGGAUCAGCUGUUUCUACUGAAAGCAAUAGAUGACCACUAACGUUACUGAGACCAUAAUAUCUUCUCUCAGGUGUCAUUUGACAGAGCAGAGGUGAUAUGAAACUAAGUGAAGGAUACACGCGCAUAAACAUGACACAGACAGUACAGACGAAUGGGGUUCAACCCCUCAGCAAGACCUGGGAGCUCAGUCUUUAUGAACUACAGAGAACUCCACAGGAGGCCAUCACGGACGGUCUGGAGAUAGCCGUAUCCCCACGCAGCUUGCACAGUGAGCUCAUGUGUCCCAUCUGUUUGGACAUGCUUAAGAACACCAUGACCACCAAGGAGUGCCUACACCGCUUCUGUGCUGACUGCAUUAUCACUGCUCUCAGAUCAGGAAACAAGGAAUGUCCAACGUGCAGAAAGAAGCUGGUGUCUAAGCGCUCGCUCCGUCCAGACCCUAACUUCGAUGCCCUGAUCAGUAAGAUUUACCCCAGCAGAGACGAGUACGAGGCCCAUCAGGAGAGAGUGCUGGCCCGCAUUAGCAAGCACAACAACCAGCAGGCACUCAGCCACAGUAUUGAAGAAGGCCUUAAAAUCCAGGCCUUAAACAGACAGCCGCGGGGUAAGAAGCACCAGAUUGAAAAUGGCAGUGGGGCGGAGGACAAUGGGGACAGCUCACACUGCAGUAACGCAUCAGUGCACAGUAACCAGGAGGCUGGGCCCAGUAUCAAACGAACCAAAACUUCAGACGACUCGGGGCUUGACAUGGACAAUGCUACAGAAAACGGUGGAGGCGACUUGGCGCUCGAUGGGGCCAGUGAGAUUGAACUGGUGUUUCGUCCUCACCCAACGUUGAUGGAGAAAGAAGAUGCCGCACAGACACGGUACAUCAAGACGUCAGGGAAUGCGACGGUGGAUCACCUCUCCAAAUACCUGGCCGUCAGACUAGCUCUCGAGGAAAUGCGAAAGAAUGCAGAGGCAAGCCCCAUCAAUGUAGAAGCGGCCAGUGAAAAACAGUAUACCAUCUACAUUCCCACAGCCAACAACCAGUUCACAGUCCUGAACGGUUCCUUUUCCUUGGAGCUGGUGAGCGAGAAGUACUGGAAGGUCAACAAGCCGAUGGAGUUGUACUUCGCCCCAACAAAGGAGCACAAAUGAAUACAGCAAGACACAAGGGCUGAGAUAGGCCCAGGACAGACUGAUGGUUCAUUCUCUGGUCUUUCUCUCCUUCCUUCUGUCUUCUCGCUGUUCCUCCAUGUCUGGAGUUCUCUGGAGCCUUGACUCUUCAAUAACUGUGGCUGCUCUGAUUUGUUUUAUAUUUGUCUUUUUGUAUUGAAAUGAGACAUGGGUUGAUUAAUAGGCAUGGGGUGAGAGGGCCAUGAGAGUCAAACCAGUGUGUGGAUUUGUCCCCCCACUUUUAAGUUAACACCAUCAUUUCAUUGUCAUAUGUUCCAUUCUUUUUUGAAUCGAGAACCUUACCUUCAACAAACCAAAAGGUUAGUCCCCAAAAUGGAUACCGCAACCACAACAUCAUUAUUUUAAGAGUCAAACAGGAUGUUUCACGAAAGACUCUUUCAGAAGGUGGCCUUCAUAGCCAGUGGUGGUGUCUUUAACAUCAAACUACACUUAUGAAGCAUUUGUAAAGCUGUGAGAGAUUUUAAGUGCAUUUGUUGACACGCCACACCUGUAGCAGCAACAUUUGUUGACUAACACAAUUGCAUUUCGCCACUGUGUACCAGUGUGUGUCCAGAUAAUGUGGUGGCACAGUCGUGUCACUAGUCUGUGCUACUGUGUUGGUCAAUUGAAAUAUGUCAUAUGCUUUGGGGAUUGUACAUACAUCACUUUAUAGUACCCACAUUGAAAUUGUAUAUUGUUACAGAUAUUUCAGUACUUUUACAAUAAACAUAAACUGGCAGUUGUACAUCAAAAUGAACCCAGUUUUUGAUAGUCGCAUUUUCAUAGAAGCUUCAUCUAAGACAAGAUCAAGUUUUUAGAGCAUGAAGUACUUUUAGUUUGACAUAUUCUUGGCAUACAUAUUGAGUUGUUGUUGUUUGGGGGAAAUGUAUACAGCGUUCUUUGUUUGAAAAAAAUAAUAAAAUAAUGUAUGCAAAUGCUGGUGUCAACUUUGUGCCAUGCCACAGGCUA